AUGGCCAAGCUCUCCUCUCGCGAGGAUCGGUGGCACGGCCACAAGCUACUUGGACUGUACGCGCUCCUACACUUCGCGUACCGCUACCACGCCUUUUUUGCCGGCGCAGAUGACAUGGGCUUCGCCGACCAGAACGGCUGGAGUUCUGCCGCAAGUCUAGCGCCUCACCUGCUGCUGCAGCUCAGCGGAUUGACCUUCUCCAUUCCACGCCGUCGCAUCGUCACGGGCUCACGGAUCUGGCCCGAGUACCGCUGGCAUGCGCUCGUCUUCACACUCCGCUCGCUGGUUCUCAUGGCCAUCGCGUCGAGCCGCACGAUUCGCGACCUGGCCGCGCCCGCGGGCGCCCAGUACUUGAUGUCGGCGACGCAGUUCCACGCGACGACGGGCUGCUUGCUCACACGUGGCCGCCUGAGCGUGCAGCUCGUGUCGCUGUGCGUCAUCCAGAGCGCCGCCUUUGUGAUGACGCUGCAGCGGCGCGGCCUCAUCACCCACCGCCAGGACCUGUGCCUUUACGCGGGUCUCCUGGGGUUUGGCCUCGCCGUCGUCCUGGACGACUUCAGCGCACGCGGCGUGCUGCCCGUGGCCUUCACCGUCGCCAACGCCGCGGCGAUCGCGCGGCUUGACGGCGGAGCGAACAAGUACAUCUUGUGGGCGGCGGUCGGCCUGCUGCUGCCCGCGCUGUGCGCGCCUGAGCGCGCUGCGGCGCGAGGAGGUAAUAGGAUGAGCUUGCAUCCAUAA